CCGUGGUGUGGUCCCCCGGAUCUGCCUGUGCGCCCAACAACCUGCCAUAGGGUCAUAGAUACAUCCGCCUGAAGCACCGGCGUCAACUCUCGAGUCAUGUCUACGAUCUCGACGCAACUUCGCAACUUCAAGGAGCCCACGAAGGAGCAGCUUACCCAAAUCUUCUUCUCCAUACCACACAAUGAGCUCGUUGAUGGCACGAAAACGAGCGGAAACGGAGAGAAUGCGGCUGGCGCGGCGGGGGAGGAGGCCAUGGAAAUCAGCGCUACACUCACAAUGGAGCCGGAGGCAGAUGAAGAUUCAUACGCUGGCAAAUUACACUUGUUGCCUCCUUACCUCGCUUUCGCGAGUAACGAUCGCAAGUCCGUGCGAUUCACCAUACCUCUCUCAACGAUCAGGAAGGUUGAGAGGCUCAACGCGCGGGCGGGAAUUUACGCGCUGAGUCUAUCACUUUGGCAUGGGAUGAAGAUCGUCGUGCAACUCACUGCGCUCCGACCCACUGCAGAUCUAUUCUGUGCUCUCCUCAAGGAUUCUCUCAAAGCCGAGUUGCAGCGCGGCCGGAUGAAAGCCGUCAAGGUGUUCGUCAAAACGUGUUACUCCGAAGCACUUCUGGCGAACUCUGCCUCCGUCGCGGAGAAGGAGCGCGAAGAUGGCAGUUUGAUAACUAGCGAGAGCUUAGAAGGGGUGGUAGACACACCCGAGACGUCAUAUCACGGCGGUUUAGGCCUUAAGUUUAGGUUCCCGGGAGACCCGAAGAAGUUGCGCGAAGCCUCUAAGAUAAAGCUUUGGACCAACUACUUGCGAACGCAUGGACGCAAUCUCACCCUCAUGCGGUACCCCCAGUGCACUCGUCUUGUUCAGGUCGGCCUCCCAAAUCGUCUCCGCGGUGAAAUGUGGGAGACCCUUUCGGGCUCUAUGUAUCUUCGUUUCGCGCACCCCGGGGAAUAUCAGCGUAUCCUGGAAGAGAACACCGGCCGCACAACAGCCAGCACUGAUGAUAUCGAGAAAGAUUUACAUCGCAGCCUACCCGAGUAUGCUGGGUAUCAGAGUGAAGAUGGUAUCAACGCGCUUAGGAGGGUGCUGCAAGCGUACUCGUUCAAGAAUACAGACGUAGGCUACUGUCAGGCCAUGAACAUACUUGCGGCUGCCAUUCUGAUAUAUAUGUCGGAAGAGCAGACGUUUUGGUUAUUAGACGUCCUCUGUAAUCGCUUGCUGCCAGGCUACUACAGCCCAUCCAUGCACGGAACGCUGUUGGACCAGCGCGUAUUCGAGUCUCUUGUACAUCGGUGCCUCCCCAUGAUCCAUGAUCAUUUCCAGGCGGUGGAUGUCCAACUUUCGAUGGCGUCACUGCCGUGGUUCCUCAGCUUGUUCAUCAACAGCAUGCCGAUGGUCUUUGCAUUCAGAAUCAUCGACUGUUUCUUUUGUAUGGGUUCAAAGGUUCUAUUCCAGGUCGGGUUAGCAAUUCUGAAGAUCAACGGCGAGAAGCUCCUGCAAAUACAGGAUGACGGAGGCUUCAUCAAUCUUAUGCGAGAUUACUUUGCCUCGUUAGGUGAUUCCGCUCAUCCCACCUCCUCCGACCCCCGUGCGAGAGCCAUCACUCGCUUCCAAGAGCUGCUCUUGGUGUCCUUCCGGGAGUUUUCGCUCAUCACAGACGAUGAAAUACUCAAGGAGCGCCGCAAGUUUAGAACGGAUGUGAUCAAUUCCAUCGAAUCCUUUGCUAAGCGUGCAGCUGUCCGCAACCUGAAGACCAUGGGCAGGUUUAAGAAAGAGGAAGUUGGGUUGAUAUAUGACGCGCUGUAUCGUGCCAUGUGCAUCAUCCCGCCCCCGAUCGCACCAAAUCGACCUAGUCCGUCGCUCUUGACGUUGAACAACGGCGAGGAAGAACGACCGGAGACGCGCGUCGGAUUGCGGACAUUCCAAUACUUCCUCAGCGAGAUCGCGACUUGGGCGAGAGACGAAAAGAUAGUUCUCAAUGGUUUCCAACAAAGAGUUGAUCGGGAUGUGGCCGAGCACGAGUUCAUCGACCGCUUGUUCUUUUUCUGGGAUACUUCGUGUAAAGGCGCCCUCUCCUUUCAGGACCUUGUGUCAGGCCUCGAUGGUGUCAUGUUCAACGGCUUGAUGGAGAAUAUCGAAUGGUUCUUCAAUUUACAUGACAAGAACAAAGAUGGCUAUCUGACAAGAGACGAAGUUUUGACACUCUCUGAAUCUCUGCUGUUCAUCUUCCGCUUCGAGGCGGGAGACGCUUACCUUGGUGCUGUAAGCCGAUUCAUGUCCAAUGUUUUCGAGUUCGGGGACGCUCUGCAACCCGAACCGCAAGGGGAGCCUGCGUCUGAAAUGUCGUCGAAUCAACCAUAUCUUAACCUCGCGACGUUCCGGAUGGUUGUUUUGGCAGACGAAAUCUUGGAGUCCUUCUUUGAAACCGACUUUUCGGCUUCCUUCAAGCUUGAAUCCGUCCCAUCGAUGGAGCUACCCGACAGUAGUAAUUACGGGUUCUUGGGCGGUCUCUGGUCAACGAUAGCGUCUGACGAUAACAAGAAGAUAUUCAACAAGUUCAGCGAUGAGCUCGGCAAGACGAUAGGCAAGCAUCAGGUCAUACACAGGCCCUCCAUAGGUCGCUACACAAGACUCGACGAACCGAAGGCGCGAGAGUCAUUGCUAACGCCGUCCAUGCGCCGAUCUCCGUCGUCUGCAUCGCUGAGGAGCACCGAUCAAGCGACUACAUCCCAGGCAGGAUCGUCGCUGGUCACUUCUCCCUCACAUCUCAACGUAGACACGAGUGCUACUCCAAGCUCUCCUUCCCUAGACGCGCAAACGAUGCCCAACCCGAUGCAGAAGGCCGCCGAUGCCGCUAAUGCCGUCCUGAUGGAACGAACGCCGUUUGCCAUCGACGAGGCAGGAGACGAAGACGACGAUUUCUUUGGCGAUGAUGGUAGUGGAGGUAAUGAUGACGAGGUCAUGGACGAGGUCGACGCCUUCCUCGAAGCGCAUGACUCGGGCCUCAGCGCAGCCGACCAAGCACUCAAUAAAGAUCUGCUCCACGCGGAACCCAUCCGAUAGACAUUUUCUCGGCCUUCUGGGGAUCCGUAUGACUGACUGGACAUGUACCAAUAGCUCAUCAAUACAACAGACCCUGGAGGGUGUUGCUGAC